UAAUAUAGCAGUAGGCUACAGUUUCCAGACUUCUGUUUAGUCUCCUUCAAUUCGACUAGGUGUCACUCAUUUCGCGUCAUCCAAUCGAGAGUGACGUGGGCGGGGUCUAACGGCAACAUUGGGUUGUCCUAAGAAGUCUCUAAGCACGUCUUGAGGCCACUCCAAGACUGGCAGAGUUGAAUGCAAAGACGAAGAACAGGAGAAGCACUGAUGCUGCCUUUAGAUUUGAGCUCAGUAACAUCCGAAUUUUAGAGCUAUGCUGAUAUUCCACGGAACCUGCAGUACUUUACUGUUUUCUCUACAUUCAUAAGAAGUGUAGACACUGCUUCUCAAAGGAUGCAUAUUAAGACAUUUUAAUGUCUAAAGAACCCGAUUGCAUGGAUUAUCAACCGCUGUCCGGCUAUUUUGUUAAAUUUGUUCUAUAGAGUGCUAGUUGCGAAGGAGCUGUUAUUUUUGGAGGUCUUAUCAAAUAAAUUGUCGUUUCCAAAUAAAACCCGUUUUCAUCAGAAGAGAGCGCCCAACAACAUCGGAUUCUUCUCGCAUUAGUGCCUGUGGAUCUCCCACUUGUUAUAAUCAGAUUUGGACUGGUGAACUCUUUUUACAUCGCAAUGGAUAUAACUAUGUGGAGUUAUAUAUUUGGUCUUUUCGUGGUUGCUUGUCGAGUAAGACUGGCUCGAUCAACAGUUUUAGAAUCAAUAUAUUGGAAUACUUCGAACACCAAGUUUGUUCCAGGAAGAGGUGUAGUACUAUACCCUCAGAUCGGAGACAAAAUGGACAUUGUGUGUCCAAGAAUCAAGCCAGGCUCCACUGAGCAGAUGAACAUUGAAUACUUCCGGGUCUAUCUUGUUCCCAAAGAACAAUUGGAGACCUGUAGUGUUACUAAAGGCGACAUGUUACUGCUCAACUGUGACAAGCCGGACCAGGACGUGAAGUUCACCUUCAAAUUUCAAGAGUUCAGCCCCAACCUGUGGGGCCUGGAGUUCUUCAAAGGGAAGGACUAUCACAUCAUCUCCACAUCCAACAGCACGUUUGAAGGUUUGGACAACCAUGAUGGCGGUGUUUGUAAGACCAAAUCCAUGAAGCUGGUUCUGAGAGUUGGACAGAGUCCUACAGAUUCAUUCUCAGCAAAAAAUCAUCCCACAAGAUAUCCUCCGAAAUACCCUGACAAUAAGGACCAAAGCACCUUCAGCAAAGAGAACGAUGUUGUCAGCAAAACUGACUCCACACAGAAUGGUGAGGCCGGUGGGAAGAGCGGCGAGUCUGUAGGAUCCGCUGGAUCUGAAGUAGCCCUGUUCGCUGGUGUUGCAUCUGGUGGAGUCAUCUUCAUCAUCAUCAUCAUCGCUCUUGUAGCACUGCUGCAUCGGCGUCAUCAGAAACACUCGGCGCAGUGCUCCGCCCAGCUGCCGUUAAACACGCUGCCCAAACGCGGAAGUGCCGCCAGUGGCGGUAGCAACAAUAAUGGCUCCGAGCCCAGUGACAUCAUCUUUCCACUCCGGACCUCGGGAAGCAUGUACUGUCCGCACUACGAGAAGGUUAGUGGUGACUACGGACACCCAGUCUACAUCGUCCAAGAAAUGCCACCACAAAAUCCUGCAAACAUUUACUACAAGGUUUGACAGAGCAUGGAAAAGCUACGGACGCUGGAGAGCCGACCGGCGUUGUUUUUGAUGAUGGACGUCAGUGUUUUGGUGCCAUUGCCAUUAUUUAGCCCUGUUGGCUGGAUGCUAGAAGGGCUGAAGUGCCGUCUAGUUCAGAAGAACUCAUUUGUUGUUGGUCUUGAGGUCUGAUUCUGGAUUAGAUGCUGGUGCACAUGGGAAUUCGCUCUUCUGUUUAUACCUUGACAUGGGAAACUGAUGACUUUUCAAAGCGCAGAACAAAUCAUGAGCUGCAAAAUCAUGCUGAAUAAACAUCUCAUGUGAAGAAUACUUAGGAAAAUACAAGACUGUUUUUUUUAUUUAUUGCUUUUUGAUUGUUUUUAUGUUUCUCAACUCCCAGAUCUUGAAAAUCGAACUUUUUAAUGCACGAGAAGAGGCCUUGAUUCCUGUACUUUGCAGUUUUUCGAUGUCUGUCGAGUCCAUCCGAUGUGAUUUAGGAUGUCUGCAUCCCAAAGCUGGCCUGAUGGAUGCAUAUUACAUAUCAGUUCAGACAUUUGUGGCCCUUAUGCUGUUGAUGUGUGAGCCGGUGUGGUCCAAAACGCAUGUGGUUCUUUUAUCCCCAUUUGCUUAUAACUUUUCAAACAUUUAUUCAAACAGCAAACAAACAAAACUAAAGAUCAACAUACAGAAAGAUUCUUUGUUGACUUGGUGAUGUAAAUACAAUAGCAGAGCAUUGAAAUUAUGCUCCAAGUUAUGUUUUCUAUGAAUCUGAACAUUGCUCGUCCAUUACGUUUCAUCAUUGAAUGUUCAAGCCAUUUUGUUAAAAUACUUCAGGGGUUUACUGCAGCAAAGAAGCGACAUGUUGGAUAUAAUGGAUUUGCUUAUUUUUUAAAAUCUUGCAUUUGUUAAACUUGUUUGUUGGUUCUAGCCAAUAGUGUGUUGAGGAAAUUUCACAUUCCAGAUGGCUGACAAGGUUGAACGAAAUGAUUCGCCAUAGUCGCUUGUGCUGCUCUCUCUCGCUCUCUUUCCUUUUUUGCUUGAAUGAAUGAAUGAAUGAAAAGUUCACAAAAUGUUUUCUAUUGUUCAAAUAAAAAAAAGUGGCCUCUUACUCAAAACAAAUCUCGACUCAAUAUCUGAACUGUUAGAAAAUCAUUACUAAAUAAUCAUUAACUGCAAAUCCUUCCCAGCUAACACCAUUUACGUAGUUUAUUGGUACUUUUGGGUUAAUUCAUGACCAAUCGACAACGUAACUAAGACGCUGCAUGCUUGUAAUUUCUUUUGAGCUUUAUUUUUAAUGAUGUGAUAAACAGCGUGCAUCGCCACAUUUGCGCGUGCCAUUGAAGAGAGAGCGCUCUACAGCUGACAGGACCGGAAAAUUCGCUUUUUCUGAGAAUUUUUUUCAUAACAAGUUACGAAAAUAAUGUUAGAAUAAUGCCACAUCUCAUCUGACCGCAGAUAGAGUAUCAGGACAACCAGUGGCGUUGCAUAACUUUGUUUUAAAAAGUGGGCGGGACAGAAGUGGGGGGUUAAUUUAUCAACAUAAAUUAAUGUUUAACGUAACUUACAUCUACUAUAAUACAAUAUAUUGUUAGUCACGAAAUUGACCUUUUGCAUAGACCCGCCCCCUUUUAGUUACUGUUGCUUUGUUGGACAAGCAGUGCCAAUUUAGCGAUUUUGUUGCUAGAUUUAGCGACUUCCCUGCCCCUUUUAAGAUUUUUUUCAAAAGCCUAAUUUAGCAACUUCUUGGACAAACCUUAUCUAGAUUCCAUGACUCGCCCACUGAUCUACUUUAAUAUUAAAAUAGGUAAGUGGACUCGCCAGUAUGACAAUAUCUAGCGUCAUAUAAAGACCGGUUUUAGCCACUUCCAACUGAAAGCAAUUGGCAACACACAUGGCGCUCUCACACCACACAUCAUGUUCUCACAGAAUGAAAAACAUCACAGAGCAAAGAGGACUGACAACACAUCAACAGAAAAGACAGUACAGGUUAAUUUUGGUAUGAAACAAAUUAAAUCUCAGCUUUCAAAUUUUGGAAUUUGUUGUACCUUUUGUCGCUCAUUAAUGUGUCAUGACAGAUCGCUGCGUUUCAGUUCAAGCGGCACAUGAACCAAUCAUCUCCUACCAUUUUUUAAGUUCAUGUCCACUGACGUUAAUUUAUUAACUCUCCUGUAUGGUUUGUUUGACGGACAAUCUUGGCGUCAUGAUUGGUCAGAUCAUCUGUCAAUCAAACUCCCGGCAAAGGGUGAAUUUCAUGUCAGUGAAUAAAUACAUAGAAUCACAUAAAAUGCUCAUCUGACUUAAUGGUCUGCUGGUAGAUCUUUUAAGCAUGUCAGCAAGGUUCUGGGUUAUAAUCCAGAAUAAAACUUUCAUGCACGUCUUUUAAAAUAAAAGUCUCGCAUCAGAAAAACAUAGAAUUACGUUUUGUUGUUGUUUCUUUGACUGACCCACCAGUUGAGAAACACUGAGAUAGAGAUAUUUUCAAUAAUUUCACUUAUAUUAUUCACAUUUAUGAUGCAACAUCUUUUUUCUUUUGAUUUUGGGGUAAAAUGUGAUUUGUAUAAUUUAUGACUUACUGAGAUCUGCCCUCAUAUGCAUCAAUACCUACCAAGUUUUACUGAUAUUCAAGCAAAAAUCAGAAACAAGAUUGUCCAAUGGUGACCCACGAAUUGAGAAAAACUGAGAUAGAUCUAUUUUUGAUAAUUUCACUGAUAUUAUUCGCAUUAUUUUAUGCAACAUGUUGGGUUUUUUCUUUUGAUUUUGAAACAUGAUUUGUAUAAUUUAUGACUUAUUGAGAUGUGCCGUCGUAUGCAUCAAUAACUUACCUACACUGUAAAAAAGAAAUGUUUAAAAAGUAAGUUACAUGGUUGUAACUUACAUCCAGCCUAAAAAAUACAGUUUUUUGUCAUGAUUCGAGCGUUUGGAUAAAACAUUUAUAAGACA